AUGGGUAUUACCCAUAGCUCAGUCGUUCACGACUGCUUGCUCUCUGCUGUGGGGAACAACGCAAACCUGCUCGCCUUUCAAGGGGAUUUUCUGUUUACCUCCAACAUUCCUCGCUACAAUUUGGAAUUUCCCGUCAUCCCAACCGCUAUCACCUAUCCACAGACUACGGAGCAAGUCGCUGCGAUUGUCAAAUGCGCAGCAACUCACGACAUCAAAGUCCAAGCUUAUAGUGGAGGCCAUAGCUAUGCAAAUUACGGUAUGUAUCAUUUCAUUGGACCCAUGACAGGACUAACGAAAGCCUUCAUCGUAGGUCUCGGAGGAAAUGAUGGCGCAGUGGUUGUUCACCUAAAAAAUCUUCAGCAUUUCGAUGUUGACCCGGAGACUCAAAUCGCGACUGUUGGCUCUGGCACGCUGCUAGGUGAUCUUCAUUCGCGUCUUUACCAUUCGGGUAGAAGGGCCGUGGCCCACGGAAGCUGCCCUCAGGUAGGCGUCGGCGGUCACUUCACGAUCGGUGGCCUGGGUCCAAUGUCUCGUGAAUGGGGCAUGGCUCUCGAUCAUGUCGCAGAGGUUGAAAUAGUUCUCGCAAAUUCCAGCGUGGUGAGAGCUUCCAAAGAGCAGAAUCAGGACGUUUUCUUUGCGGUGAAAGGUGCUGCAGCCAGUUUCGGAAUCGUCACGGAAUUCAAGCUCAACACCCAUGAAGCGCCCGCGGAAGCCAUCCAGUACACAUACGAAGUCAACUUCGGAGAUGUCUCGGACAAGGCAAAGGUUUUCAAAGACUGGCAGAAUCUCAUUGCGACCCCGAACAUUUCUCGAAAAUUCUCCAGCGAGCUUGUGCUGUUCGAAGGUGGCGUCUUGGUGUCUGGCACAUUCUUCGGGUCCAAAGAGGAGUUUAAUGCUUUCGGAUUGGAAAAACACUUUCCAAUCAAGGAUCAUGGCACUACUUUGCACUUGACGGACUGGCUUGGAAUGCUCACUAGCCAGGCUGAGGACCUCAUACUGACGAGCAUGGGCGGUACCCCGGCCCCGUUCUACGCCAAAUCGAUGCCCUUUACUCCAGAACUGAGCAUUACAGAUGAUGGAGUUGAUGCUAUGUUCAAGUAUAUUGCCUCGGCUAAAAAAGACACUGUAGCCUGGUUUGUUAUUUUCGACCUGGAGGGUGGUGCUGUGAAUGACCACGCUGUGAAUGCCACGGCCUAUGCUCACCGAGAAGCCUUCAUGUGGAUGCAGUCUUAUGCCAUCAGUCUUAUCGGUCCUGUCAGUUCCACGACGAAGAAAUUCCUCGAUGGUUUGAACGACGUUGUCUCUUCUUCCCGUCCUGGAGUAUACGGCGCAUACCCUGGCUACGUUGAUCCCUAUAUGAAAGAUCCACAGAAAGCCUACUGGGGACCAAAUCUUGAGAGGCUUCAGAAAAUCAAGGCUGCAGUUGAUCCAAAAGACACAUUUCACAAUCCUCAAAGUGUGCAGGCAAGUCUCCACCACUAG